AUCACUGCACAACAACAUACAAAAAAAAAAUAAUUUCUGAUUCUUGUGAAAAUAAUAAAAAAAAACGUAAGAGUUGAAUAACAAAGCCAAAGAAGAAGAACAAUUUUCGAACACUCACACUUGUAAAAAUAAUAAAAGAACACAAAGUCAACUCGAAAGAAGAAAAAAAAAUCAGAAUUGUGUACUAUCAUCAUCACACAAACAACCAAUUCAUUGAACGACGAACGCGUAUCAAAGCCACAUAAAACUAAAAAACCUGAAUUGAAAAUAAAUAAAUUUUUUAUAUUGUUGUAUAUUCAAGUUCUCUUGUACUUCACUCUUCUCUAGGCCACACCAUUGAUAUAAUCAGAAGCAGAAGAAUUUAAAUACAUGUGAAAUAAAUGAGAUAAAAAGAAUACAUAUAUAUAAAAAAGAAAAGAAUAAUAAUAUAAUACAUACCACGAGAAAUAAUAAGCUAACACGUAAAAAACCGAAGAAGAAGAAGAGGAAAGGCAUAGGCAGAAAGUCAAAGAACGCCAACAUAUUAUAUAAAAAAAAGAAUUAAAGAAUCUACACAUAAGCACACAUAUUUUUACGAUUGUUGCUUCUUUGCCGUAAAAAAAAAUAAAUUUUUUCGAAUCUCUUUUUAAUAAAUAUACACACAAAGUAUAUUUUAAUCAAAUCAAAAAAAUAAAAGAAUAACCGGUGUCAAUUCCCUACCAUUUAAAAAAAAAAGUUUCCUAUCCAAUACACAAAGUGUGCUGGUGUUAACAAGUUAAUUUUUCUUCGUCAAAAAAAUAAUUUUUAAAAAUAUUGGGCAAAAAAGGCCUUAAAAAAGUGAUAUCAAAAGGCAGUUUGUAAGAGGAAAAACAUUUCUAAGCAACAAUUUGACUCAGCAUCCACAUCUACGACAACGUCAACAACAUCAAUUUCAUCGCUGUGUGGCAGCUCAAACGGCAAUAUCAGUCAGAACAUUGCAAGUAAUUGUCCCCCAAAUACAUUUAUUCCGGUUGUGAGUGCGGUAACACCGGGACUUGUAUUUAAUUUGUGCAGUAAUAAUAUUAAUAUAAAUAAUAGUAAUAAUAAUAACAGUGAACAAGUGCAGUAUUAUUUGGUAAACAAUCCAGCCAAUAGUAGUAAUUUUAGCGACAACUUGUCCGAAAAAUCAAAAAAUAAUAAUUUAAUAAAAACGUUGUGCAGCAAAGAAAUAAUGCGAGGAAGUGACGAACUAUUGAGUCAAGCAACAAUCAUGGCACCAGCAUCAGACAACAAUAAUCAAGAUUUAGCUACGAAAAAGGCUAAAUUAGAUUCGAAUACGGUUAUCAACAAUGUUGGUAAACCAUCACGCGUCAUUCACAUUAGAAAUAUACCAAAUGAAUCUAGCGAGGCAGAAGUUAUACACUUGGGCAUUCCGUUUGGUCGUGUCACCAAUGUUUUAGUGCUAAAGGGCAAGAAUCAGGCUUUCCUCGAGAUGGCUGACGAAAUUACCGCGACAGCGAUGGUAGCGUGCUUCAAUACGACGCCGCCAAUUGUUCGCGGACGUACGGUUUAUGUGCAAUUCUCAAAUCAUCGUGAACUGAAAACAGAUCAAAAUCACACAAAUACGGAACAAUCGCCGGCAUCGGGAUCUCCAUUGCCUGCCGGCGCGGAAAACAACACGGGAAACGCAACAAAUGCGACAAAUGCACAAGGUAACGCCGCCAGUGGUCCCAACACUGUACUCAGGGUAAUCGUCGAAUCCUUAUUGUAUCCCGUAACACUCGAAAUUUUGCAUCAAAUCUUUCAACGUUUCGGCAAAGUGCUAAAAAUAGUGACAUUUACUAAAAACAAUUCAUUCCAAGCUCUUAUACAAUAUCCCGACGCUGAAACAGCACGACACGCUAAACAAACGUUAGACGGACAAAAUAUCUACAACGGAUGCUGCACAUUACGCAUCGACAACAGCAAAUUGACAGCCCUCAAUGUCAAAUACAACAAUGAUAAGUCACGUGACUUUACGAAUCCCACAUUGCCGGCAGGCGAGCCAGGCAGUGACGUUAUCGCAAGUGCCGGCGGUUUAGUAAAUGCCAGUGAUUUAUUGCUCUUGGCUGCCGGUCAACGUGCUCCCCAGUUAGCCAGAGAUCGUUUAGUUUCUUCCAUUUAUCAUCUUACAGUCAACGGUUUAGCGGCAGCCAAUCCAGGAAUCCUUCCGCAAUUCGGACUCGGUUUAGCGGCACCGGGAGCUCUCGCCAGCGCAUACGGAGGCGCCUUACCAAACUUGGGAGCAUUUGCGCUCGCACAAACUGGCGCCCUUGCAACGACAAAUCCAGCAAAUUUGCGCGGGCUUUCGAACGUACUGUUGGUGUCUAACUUGAAUGAGGAGAUGGUCACGCCUGAUGCUCUAUUUACCCUCUUUGGGGUAUAUGGUGAUGUACAACGCGUAAAAAUCUUGUACAACAAAAAAGAUUCUGCUUUGAUACAAAUGGCUGAACCACAUCAAGCUUAUUUAGCUAUGACACAUUUAGAUAAACUUCGUAUCUGGGGACGUUCUAUCCGCGUAAUGGCCAGCAAACAUCAAGCCGUACAGCUGCCAAAGGAGGGACAACCCGAUGCCGGUCUCACACGUGACUACGCUUUAAAUCCCUUGCAUCGAUUCAAGAAACCUGGUAGCAAAAAUUAUCAAAAUAUCUAUCCGCCAUCGGCUACUUUACAUUUGAGUAACAUUCCAUCAACCGUCACUGAAGAAGAAAUCAAAGAGGCAUUCAAAGAGAAUGGCUUCGAAGUUAAAGCUUUUAAAUUUUUCCCAAAAGACCACAAAAUGGCCCUUUUGCAACUCAGCUCCGUCGAGGAAGCCGUUCACGCACUCAUCAAAAUGCACAAUCACCAACUCUCGGAAUCGAAUCAUUUGCGUGUCAGCUUCUCGAAGUCCAACAUUUAAAAUAUGUUUAACCUGAGUGGUUGCCUCUCGUUGUCGACUGCCUCUUCAUCGUUGAGUAGUAAUGUCGCGACGCCCGCCUCAUCGACAACAUCGCUCUUCUUCGCGGGCAAACCGACGACAGCAGCGGCGGUACCUUCGACAACUGUAGUACAUCCGCAAUUUGGGCAACCACCAAUGAAUUCGAUUAUCAGUACGACGACGCCGCCGCAGGCAAUACAUCCGCAACAACAUGGCCAAAAUGCUCCACUCUGGCAACUACAACCACAAUCACUUACUGCUGAUAAAUAUUUAAUUUUCAUGGUAUAAAAAUUUAAAAAAAAACUUUUUUUUUAUUGUAAGAAUCUUACAUUUAUAUUUAUAUAAUAUAUAUAAAAAUUAUAUAUCUUUUUAUUAAACAUACAUUUAUACUAUGCAUAACUAUAAAAUAUA